AAAUUGUGAUCAACGAAUCAAUUUUUUUGGAUAGUCUUUCGAUGAAAGAAGAAUCAAUAAAUUUUAGUUUCGAUUCGGUACUCAGAAGAUUGGGACAUACUAAACAUUGUGUGCUAGAAUUUAUAAGCGAUAUGGCAUUGCUGCAAUCGACACAAUAAUCAGAUUUAUAGUGAACAAGUUGAACCGAACAACAUGGCAAGAGUGUAUCUUGGACUACUCACACUAUCUGCUUCCUUAACGCUAGGACUUUGUCAAAACAAUGCCAAUGAAUAUCAAAACAGAAGUCCCUGCGGUCAAUGGCAGCCUGGUGAUGCUGACCUGAACACAUUUGAUCUGAUUCGAGAAUUUCGACUGGACCAAUCCGAAAGUCUGUAUGAGGGCAUUACCGAAGUUGCCGGAUCGAAUGGCAUACAGCGAGCUUAUCGCUUGCAGCGUCAGUCUAAUUUGACUUUACGUUCAUUCGAAGCAUUUCCUCGAGGUAUUCCACACCAGUUUUCGUUCGAGUGUGCUUUCCGAGCACGACAACCGCCAACGGCGCCGUGGUACCUAUUUCAUGUCACAAAUUACUAUGAAGAAUCUCAGCUAGCUGUAACAAUGUAUCCAGAGCAGGAAACAUUAGGGCUAGCAUUACCAGAUGCAAACGGCCGUCUGCAGAAUGUAUUCUUUCAACAUAAACGAUUAUUUGACGAGUCCUGGCACAAAGUCAUGCUUGGUGUUACGCCAAAUGAAGCCCGACUCUGGGUCGAUUGCAAACAGGUUGUUGGCGUGCACGGUGAUUAUGUGGAGCCACUGGAGGCCAGAGGCCGAUUCGAUACAAGAGGAGGUCAUUUGUAUGUGUCGCAAAUGAUGAAAACACACAGAGAUAUGGCUGAGGAAACUGUUCCCAUCGACUUGCAAUGGAUGGUCUUAAGCUGUGAUCCAACUCGACCAACCAGACAAAACUGCAACGAAAUUCCGGAAAGCUAUGUAGCUCCAGCGUCGACCGGACGUCGACCAGAUGGAAUCCCUUAUGAAGAAGAAUGUCCUGUUUGUCCACAGGGACCUCCUGGCCAUAAUGGAACAGAUGGUUUGCCUGGAUUACCUGGUAGAGAUGGAGAAAGAGGUCCAGCGGGACCGCCAGGACCUGUUGUAAGCGAUGGUAAUGGCAAUGGACUUAAUGAAGGCGACAUAAGAAAUAUUUGCGCUGUAGUUGUGGCAGAACAAUUAGCCGCUCUCGCAGACACUUUAGUCGGUCCUCCUGGUCCUCCGGGAAAAUGUAAAUCAAAUAAUCCAGGAGCACAAGGACCGCCUGGACCACCAGGUGAGCCAGGUCGUCAAGGUGUAAUGGGCUACGUGGGAAUGCCAGGACCACAAGGUCAUCCAGGUCUAACAGGCCCAACGGGACCACAAGGUGAACGCGGAGAGAAAGGAGAUCGUGGAGAAACGGGCGAAGGUAUCGAAGGACCACCAGGACCACAGGGCAUUCAAGGUCCACCUGGGUAUGAUGGUGCUCCCGGAAGGCAUGGCGACAAAGGUGACACAGGAAGGCCGGGUCCCCAAGGUCCAAGAGGACAAGCAGGUGAGGCUGGAAGAUGUCCGGAUUGCAUGUAUCCACAGCCUUACUAUCCGUAUCAAUUUCAACAGCAAAGUAAAGGACCGUCAGGAGAUUUUAAGGGUUAAGGGUUUUACGUGAAAAAUAAUUAUUCUAUGGCUUUAUUAAAAGAAAAUGCUAAAAAAAAGUUCACUGCGCAG